GUCAUUUACUUGUUUACGUCUGAGUGUCUGAUGGACGUCGCCGGGUUUGUUUAGAUUCUCACGUGCGAGCUCGAUUUUACUUUUGAUACUCUUUCGUGUUGAAAAAAACUAAAAACUGCAUUUAAUUUAAGUUUAUUUUCCUGUGAAAUCUAUUUAAAAUGUCUGUGACAAGACGAGUUCAGCAAUGGGCAACAUUUGCCAGAACUUGGCACGUCUACGACUGCACCUGGCAGAACCCGUUUGAGUCGGCCUCUCUGAUCCGGAAGCAUCUAAUGGGGCUCCACAAGCCUAUCUAUCACCCGAUGAAUGACUGCGGGGAUCACGUCGUAGUGAUUAAUACGGCCGAAAUUGCGUUGCCGGGAGAUGAGUGGAAAAAGCGAGUAUACUUCCACCAUACGGGAUAUGCCGGUGGAGCAAGCUGGACACUGGCGUGGGAGCUGCACGAAAAGGAUCCUACCCAAAUCAUGAAAAAAGCCAUCUACCGAUCCAUGCACGGAAACCUGCAGCGUCGCCACACGAUGCAACGGCUGCAUCUCUUCAAAGACGAUAACGUGCCGCAAGAAAUUCUGGAAAACAUCACCAACCAAAUUCGGCAACCAAGACGAGUGCCGGAGCGGUUGGACCAAAUGGAUCCAGAUCUGGUGAAGAAUUUCCCUAAGAUAAUGGACUACCCCAAGGAUUACGUUCUUCGAUAAUAGAUUAAUAAGACGCAGGUUAGUGAAAAAGGGUAACGCUAGUUUAUUGGGUUCAUCAAUCGAAACAAAGAUGAUUUGUACCGUCA